AUGAAUAGCAACAGCAAAUCAAUAUAUAAAAACGUUGAAUUCCAAGAUGAACCCUAUUCGACCAACAACAAAUUUGCAGUUUAUGUUCCCAAACAAGAAAUACCAAGAUAUUCAGCCACUCAACAGGUGUUUUACAAUCAAUAAGCACAGCAAUCACCGCAAAAACAUUUGAAAGUAGAGUUUCAAGAUGAACAAGAAAAUCGUAAUCAACAAAAUCAGAAUGAGCAAUAACAAUUUGAAUAGGAAUAGUAAUAAUAGUCUUAAUGUAAUCAACCUAAGGCUGAUACCCAUAAACAAAGAAAUGUAACUUAAAACAGAUACAGAUUAUCAAAUCAAACUCCUAAGACUGCAUAAGGGAAGGAGCAAUAAAAAUUUUACAGUUCUACUCCUUCUCAAAGCAUCCAAAAGCAGAGGACUCUCUAAUAAUUCAAGGACAGCCUAUAUUUUGAUGAAAGAAUUAAUAAGGUACCCAAAUCGACCAUCAGAAAUCAAAUUAUUGACAGUAUUGUUAGUGAUGCUGAUUUGUUGCUUCAAAAAAGAGAGUUAAUGACAUCCAUUUAUAAAUUGAAACAACUGAAUCUAUUAAAAAACAAGGAAUUUGCAGUGAAUCGUCUUCCAGGAAUUGGAAAAUCAAGUUUUGUGUGUAAUGAUUAUCACACCAAGAGCACAAACAAUGGAUACUCUAGAAAUUUCGGUGGAGUAUUUUAUACUAGAUGA